UCACUCACAAAACGCGAAAGCAAAACCGAAAGUAACAACAUUGAUUUAAAGCGUAACAAUCGACGAAAAUAUGAUAGAAAAUCUAGUCCUUUUACUUUUGUUUCACUGUUGAUUCACGUUUUGGUUCAGUUUCCUUUUAUCUGUGUUGAUAGGUUUAGAGUUCUACGACUUCUGAAUUCAGAGGCGGCACUAUGGAUCCUUUUGGAAAUGAUGAGACUUGCACUCGUUUGAAAAAUGCCUUGGACAUAAAUGAUCUAAGAGAUCCUGAUGGAGAAGGAGUUGAGUUUGAAGUUGAUGAAAAUGAUUUGGCUCAAACUGAUCAAGAACAGGAUACAAACCUUCAUUGUUUUGAAAAGAACAAAGUCGCUGCCAGUAUUUGUCUCCUCUCCGACAACGAAGAUGAGGAGGACAACUUUGAAGGCGAUGGAGAGUACUUGACAGAGAAGGAGAGACUCCACAAACGUUUGCUGAAAAUGAGAGACAGUGACAUCACGCCUAACAAAGACGGAGGUGUCCUGAAAGAAAUGAAAACACCUGGAAUAGGUGGUCUUGUUGCGGAAGGCGCUUUGGUCAGCUUCCACUACAAUGCCUACACUGAUGUUGGCCAAGCUCCGUAUGAUAGCAGCAGACUCCGAGAUCAGUAUUCAAAGCUGCGUCUUGGCACAGGUCAAUGUAUUCGCGGCUUGGAGCUCGCUCUGUUGUCCAUGAAGAAACACGAGACUGCCCGUUUUCUCAUCCAUCACGACUACGCAUAUGGAGAAAUGGGCUGCCCGCCUCGCAUCCCCAAGUCCACUUCCUUGAUCUACGAUGUAGAAAUACUUUACUUUGUGGAACAAGAAGGUGUGGAAGACUACCAUAAUAUGACUGAGGAGGAAAGGAGACAGAAGCUGACGUAUGUGGACAUUGAGAAAGUGGUGAAGGCUCUGAAUGCAGAGGGAAAAGAGUACUUUGAGAAGCGUGAAUAUCACAGAGCUCUUGGUAAAUACAGAAAGGCAGAAGAAGUGCUCCAGAGAUACAAUCUGAAGAAUGAGGAGGAACAGACGCAGUGGACCAAGCAAAGCCUGAGGGUGUACCUGAACUGUGCCACCUGCUCCAACUACCUCAAGCAGUUUGGCCGCGUCAUCUCCUACUGCAACAAUGCCCUGAGGCUGGACCGCAACGCUGUGAAGGCACAUUACUUCAAGGGCAAGGCCUUACAUUCCUUGGGCAGCUUUGAGGAUGCCAAGCAGAGUUUGCGCACAGCUCGGAAUCUCAAGCCCAGUGAUAUGUUGAUCAAUAACGCGUUGAAAGAUCUAGCCAAGUCUAUCAAAGAGCACACGUCAUUUGAAAAGAGUCUUUACCGUAAGAUGUUCUCUCAGCCAGCCAGUGAUGCAGGGGAAACCUCAGGGGACAAAGAGAAAGAAGAGUCUGUGGAGAGGCCGAGUCAACCUCCGUGCUCCGAUGGUUUUAGAGCUCUUGUACAAGAACAGUUUGAGAAGUUCAAGAAUGACCCAUGCAUGACAGAGAUGCCAUUCCCAGAGCGCCAGAUGACGGAGAAUGAGAUCGCCUGCAUCCUGGAAACAGCCACUGCCCUUGGCAUGGACGUCAGGAAGCGAGGAACGGGCAACUCACUGCGGUUUGAAGUCUACAAACAGUGAACAGUCUAACUUUGAUGCUUCUCUCUGUGGACACUCAUGUAUUUCAAUGAACAAUGAAUGUGGACUAUUAUUAGUUUUGAGAUAUCAGUGGGACAGGUGAAUUUGAAAUGUAACAAUUAUGUGCCUAAUUAAUACGAAUGUAUGGGUGCUAUUUUGAGAAGCCUGAAGAUUAUCUCCUAAUUUUAUUUUGUUUUGGUUUUGUUUUGUUUUUAAUUUACAGGUAUAUGGGAGAUUUACAUCAUUUAUAAAUCAGGAAAGACUAGAGUUCCAUCUUAUUGAUUCUGGUUUAGAUCGAUAUAUAUCUGUAUCUCCACAAUUAGGAUUCAGUGGGGAACUAGUGGGCUUAGGGUAGAAAAUUGCUAUCUGCAUUUGACUGAAAUGGUAGAUGGAAUUUUUUUAACCUGGGGUAGCAAUCUGUCAGAAACUUUCCGUCUGCUCUGUGGAUGAUUGAAUGAAGAAAGAACGAAAUGAUAUCAUCAAUGCUAUGGUGCUACUCACA